UAUCGACAACGACUGCCCGGUCGCGCCAGCCGUCGCCGAGCGAAAUGACGUCGGCGGUGGCCGCCACCGCCACCACCUCCCGCCCUCUCCACCUUCCCGCCGCCAUCCGCUCCCCACCCUCGCCGCCUCUCCUGGCCCGUGCUGGCGGCCGUCGCCGCCGCGCAGUCCUACGCUGUGCCGCCGUGUCCGAGCUGACGCCCGCGGUUUCUGCCGCCUACGGCGCCCUCCUCGUGGGCGGCGGCGCAUUCGCAUAUGCGAGGUCGGGCAGUAAAGGGUCCAUCUACGGAGGGCUCUCCGGAUCUGCGCUCAUGGGCAUCGCCUAUUACCUGAUGCAGUCUCCUGAGACGAAGGCACUAGGCGAUGCUGUUGGAUUUGGAUCUGCAUUUCUGUUUGCCAGCGUAUUCGGUAUCAGGCUGUACAAUACCAGGAAACUGGUUCCAUCAGGCCUGCUUUUAGUACUUUCUCUUGGUGCCUUGGGUGUCUUCUUCUCUGCUUACUUGCAAGACAAGAUGUGAGCUGAUCCUUUCACCAGCUCCAGUAGUUCUCUGUACUAGCAGGAUCUUCCUUGAAGGUUUCCUCUGUUAAAUGGGGAAACUUGAACCGAGAACCGACUGUCGGUGUUCCUUCGAAUGUUGUUGUCUCAGGCUCUCAGCAAUUAGCGUCCUUUGUUUAUUGCCAAUGAUAAGAUGAUUGCACCUGUUUUCCUGAACUGAAUGUAUGAGAACUCGUGAGGUCUCACCAUCUGUACG